ACAAGAGUCUUUGGUGAGUCAGAGCUCACAUCCUGUGACAGUACUAGUCCCACAUACGAGAGCUAUAUUCUAAAUAUUCACAAAGCAGAUUAAAUACGUCACAUUAUAAGACUCCUGGAAGGAAUUUUCAUUUCAUUUUAACGGCUCUGCCUGGAUUCAGGAUUUGGAUUUUUUCAACACAACAAAGCAGGUCUUCUGUACAUCAAUUUUUGUACUAUUAAGAAAAGCAAGUAUAUUUCUAAAUAUCUGAAAACUACCGUGAGGUUUAAGCUGUUAAUCUUUUACCAGCCUUCCACUGCUGCAGUAACUUCUCUGAGGGGUUGACGACAAAACCAACCUGGAUGACUACUUGCAAACAUCAGAGCACAAGUGUAUGUCCUUCUCCAAGACAGGAAUUUCAUGUAAAUUCUUCAAGUGACUUUGGAUAGCUAAAGAUGUAUAAUGCAACUUGAGUUUCUUUUCUCAUCCUUUUUAUACUCUGAAGACUUCAGAAACUAGAAUGGAACUCUAAUACACUGGAUGCUCUAGGACCAAACAGCCAUAACUUCUACAUCUCAACAUUACUAUUACUUAACAUGUGUGAUUUGUGCUUUGCUUUUUCAAGUAUCAUGGUGUGGAACCUACUGGUCCAUUCUCCAUAACCUGUGGAACAAUUACUGCUUUAAACAUUAUAUACAGCGACAGGGGUCUCUAGAGUGCCUUAACAGAAUGUAUGUCAAACCUCUGCUUUUAAAGCUUGAUUAUUUUUACUGACAAAAACAUAAAUACAUCAGGAAGAGCUUAUUGGAAACAAAAUGCUUUAGGAAUUCAAAGAAGAGGGUACCUAAACAAGCUGACAAGUUGAGCAUAUUUCGCUUUCUCUCCUUCUCUCUUUCUUUUCUUUUGUAAAAAUGGUAUUGUUAAUUGCUUGUGGGAGUUGGCAAUUUACUGCCACUCUGAUUUCAAGCCUAACUUACUGCUUAAUAAAAUAUGACUGUAGAAGCAGGGAGAUAAAGUAAUCUGAAAAUCUUCACUUUAAGUUUGGAUUCCGUCUUUUUUUUAAUUAUUUUGUUAAAAUAACACAGUCAUGGUGAAGCGGUUUUAUAAUGAGCACAUCUUGCAGGUUGUAAACAUUCCAUUGGUCUUAUAUUGCAGAAUACUACUGUAAAGGAGCUACUUCUAAUUUUUGUAUACUUUAACUGUAAAGAAGUAACUAGAAAAGCUUAGAAAGCUGGUUCUUUCUAGCAUUGUCUAUUAAGUAAAGUUAUAUGCAUUUGUGUGAAUUUGACAGGAAAGGUGCUAUUAGCAGUUUUACACAUUUACUUCUGCAGAAUAAAUUCCACAGUAAAUCAGUGCCCUGAAAUACAAAAUGAAUGACAAAAUGUGCAUUAAAUCCAAAAACAUGAACCAUAUGAAUAUAUUUAUAUCUAUGUAUUACAUAUAGCAUUUGCUUUACAAACCACUGAAUAAUCAUUGCAUGCAUUUUGCAAUUCAUUUCCCUUUUUUUAGUACUGUAGUGGAAUGUUUCACAUUAUGUUUCCUAUUCAAGCUUGCAAAACAACUAUGCUAUAGUGAUAGUACAUGUUAGUUCCAAUGCAGUAAAUAUAUCGAAUGCAGAGAGCAUUUUUCAGCUCCUUACAUUUAUUUGCUUUAAUGCUGAAAUGUGAAACAGCUUCUAUAUUUCAUAGCUUCUUUUUUUCACAGGCCUCAAGGAUCAGUUGCAGUUUUGCUAGCAGAGUAGGGAGUGUCAGUAAUAAAAGCAAUUCCAAGAUUAAGUCUUAUUGAACUAUAACUUGAAAUAUUUUAAAAUCAUUAAGAAACAACUGCACUACACUUUGAAAUAUUUUAAAAUCAUUCAGAAAUAAUGUGCAUUUAGUUGUAUCAACCCAUAAAAUUAAAUAGAGAAAAAUAUUUAUUUAUUAUCCUAAGGAUACACAUUUUUGAUUUUUGACAUGCACAGUACAAUUGAUUUUUGACACUCGUGGUGCAAGUUGGAUGUGGUCAAUCUGGAAAUGCUUCUUUGGUGUGUCGUUGUUGUAACAUAGAAGCAAACUUAUGCUUCAGAAGCUGUAAAACUGACUGCAGAGAUACUAGAUUCUGUUACAUCUUUUUGGAUGUCUUAAUACAAUUCUACUAUAAUGGAAACACUGAAUAAAUCCACAGAAUGGCUUUACAGUGCCAUGGAAUCUGUGAACCCCAGAUUGCUGAUCUUGGACUGUCGGAGUCGGGAGCUCUAUGAAUCUUCCCACAUUGAAGGGGCUGUCAGUGUAGCAAUUCCAGGGCUUAUUCUGCGACGACUGAGAAAGGGAAGUCUGCCUGUGCACUUCCUAAUGACCAGCCCUGAAGAGAAGGAGAACUUCAGCAGGCAAUGUAGGACUCAUACUGUUAUUCUCUAUGAUGAGAGUUCGGUCACACUACCAGAGCAAGGAGAGGAGGAAGAAUCUGUGUUGGCUAUACUGCUGGAAAGGCUCCAGAAGGAAGGAUGCAGAACUUAUUACAUAAAAGGAGGUUUCAACAAAUUCCAGACAGAAUAUCCACAGUUCUGUGAAACAAGUUUGGACACUUCUGAUACAAGCGGCUCUCCUCAGCAGACAGCACCUGUUUUGGGUCUUGGGGGCCUCCGUAUCAGUUCUGACUUCUCCGAUGACUCAGACCCAGACCGGGAUUCAAUGAGUGGCAUAGAGUCUGAAGGAGGAAGCCCUCACUCCCAGCCUCCUUCCUUCCCAGUGCAGAUCCUGCCUCACUUGUAUCUUGGCUGUGCAAAGGAUGCAGAAAAUGUGGAUAUAUUAGCAAAGCUCGGUAUACGGUAUAUUCUGAAUGUGACACCUAACCUGCCCAAACCUUUUGAGAAGGAGGGGGAGUUCCACUACAAGCAAAUUCCAAUUUCAGACCACUGGAGUCAGAACCUCUCACAGUUCUUUCCAGAAGCAUUUGACUUCAUUGAUGAAGCAUUGUCCCAGAAUUGUGGGGUACUUGUUCACUGCCUGGCAGGCAUCAGCCGCUCAGUUACUGUUACCGUCGCCUACCUCAUGCAGAAGCUCAGCCUGUCACUCAAUGAUGCCUAUGAUCUCGUGAAAAGAAAGAAGGCAAACAUCUCACCGAAUUUCAACUUCAUGGGACAACUGUUGGAUUUUGAAAAGAGCUUGGGGCUUAACAGUCCAUGUGAUAACCAGCGGCUGGCUAGGCAGCAUGCAUUUUUUACUACACCAACCAGUGACAGUGUUUUUGAUUUAGACUCCCAGGACCCCACAUGAUAGGAUCUUGCUGAGGAUCUGAUCUAAACUGUGUUUAGACUAGUUUCAUGUCCACUAAAUGUAUGGUUGCCUAGCAACAGCUCCUGGCGGGCUAUUUUCCUCAAGACAACCUUUACUGGUAGUGGACUAUAAAAUUUAGACACCACUGGAUGGUGGAAUUCAAUGUUUGGAUAAACCGCUACCUAGAUGAAAACCAGAGGAACUGAAAUGUGAUUGUAAAUAUAACUUAAUUUUAUAAUGAGAACUUUUGGCAUGUUUAUAAUUUCUAUAUUUACUCUAAGUACUGCUUACUGUGUUGAUAAUGAAAUAAUCUUCUCUUUA